AUGACUGAUCCGAUCGCCGAUAUGUUGACGAGAAUCCGCAACGGGACCGCGGCGCAUCGCCGGCGCGUGGAUAUCCCGGCAUCGCGGCUCAAGACGGAGAUCGCGAGGAUUCUGCAGAGCGAGGGAUAUAUCCAGUCGUUCAGGAUGGUGGACGUUGUCGUCGAACGAGGGCAGCAGGCGCGUUCGAUGAUUCGGAUCCAGUUGAAGUACGGAUCCCGUGGUGAAAACGUCAUCUCCGGGAUCCAACGCGUCAGCCGGCCCGGCCGGCGUGUGUAUUGUGGCCGGGACAAUGUGCCCCCGGUGCUGGCCGGGCUCGGCACCGCCAUUCUCACCACCUCGCGCGGGGUCAUGACGGGCCGGGAAGCGCUCAAGAUGGGUGUGGGCGGCGAAGUGUUGUGCAACGUCUGGUAA